AUUUAAACGUUACAAAGAUAAAUAAAUAAAAAACGUAAUUUAAUGAAUCAACCGUAUACUAAAAACUCCAUUUUUUGCCAAAAAUAGAUACGGGAAAUCUGAGUAGCAGAGUGUGUGUCCCUGUUCCAUACCAUUAUUUAUUUUAUACCAUUUCCAUAUCAUCAUCUUCUUCGCCCUCACUUUCCACUCACCACCACCUUCCUCCUCCUUUCUCGCGAAAUCUCACAUUCCACCAAUCCCCCAGAGAAUGGCUGACAGAAGCGGCGUCGUCACCGUCUACGGCAAAGGCGCCAUAUACGAAACCACCACCAAGUCCUCCCCGUUCUCUGUCAAAGUCGGCCUCGCCCAAAUGCUCCGCGGUGGCGUCAUCAUGGACGUUGUCAACCCCGCCCAGGCCCGCAUCGCCGAGGAGGCCGGCGCCUGCGCCGUCAUGGCCCUGGAGCGCGUCCCUGCCGACAUCCGAUCCCAGGGUGGUGUCGCCCGAAUGUCCGACCCCCAGCUCAUCAAGGAGAUCAAGCGCUCCGUCACCAUCCCAGUCAUGGCCAAAGCCCGCAUCGGCCAUUUCGUCGAGGCCCAAAUCCUCGAAGCCAUCGGCGUCGACUACGUCGACGAGAGCGAGGUCCUCACUCUCGCCGACGAGGAGCACCACAUCAACAAGCACAAUUUUCGAGUCCCGUUCGUCUGCGGAUGUCGGAAUCUCGGCGAGGCGCUCCGCAGGAUCCGCGAGGGCGCCGCAAUGAUCCGGACGAAGGGGGAAGCCGGCACCGGAAACAUCGUAGAGGCCGUUCGGCACGUGCGUCACGUGAUGGGGGACAUCAGGGUCUUGAGGAACAUGGACGACGACGAGGUGUUCGCGUACGCGAAGAAAAUCUCGGCGCCGUACGAUCUCAUGAUGCAGACGAAGCAGCUCGGGAGGCUGCCGGUGGUGCAUUUUGCCGCCGGGGGCGUGGCGACUCCCGCAGACGCGGCGCUGAUGAUGCAGUUGGGGUGCGACGGGGUUUUCGUCGGGUCGGGCGUGUUCAAGAGCAGUGACCCUGCCCGGAGAGCCCGCGCUAUUGUGCAGGCUUCCACCCAUUACAGUGAUCCGGAUGUGCUGGCGGAGAUCAGCUGCGGAUUGGGCGAGGCAAUGACCGGGAUGAAUCUGAACGACGAGAAGGUCGAGCGGUUCGCAUUUCGGUCUGACUGAAACAGUAAGAUUCGAGUUUGGAGCUUUCUGGUGAUCCCCAAAGGACCAAGAGCUAAGGGCUCCAACUUUUAGAAGAAAACGAACAUUGCCCAUAUAUACCAUUUUACAUAUUUUGAUUUCUUAGCUGUGGUACGUAAAUUUAAAUUUCAUGGCUCAGUUGGAUUUAUUUCUGGAUUUUUUUUUUUCCUUCUUUCUUUCCGGAUUCUGCAUUAAUUGAGUGUGUUUUGUCCAAUUU